UUACGGGAAAUCGAACCUAACUCAUGCUCCCAUAACACAAGACUAAAAAGGAGUUUGUGCUAAAAAAAAUUAGAAACUUGAAGAAUUUGAAUUGGAAUUGGAUCUGAAGAGACUGAAAGUGAAAAUUCAAAGACACCCCAAAAAAUACCCGCAGAAACCAAAAAGACCCAAAGAACACCCAAUUUCAAAUCAAACUUGUAGAAGAGAGAGAAUUCCACCGAAUCCAAAGAACAAGAAUAGGAGAGAGAAAAAAAACAAUGGCGUCUUCCACUGUACAACCUACAACAACUACUCCAAUUACAACAACAACAACAACAACAACAACAACAACAUUAAAUCCUCACGAAAAUCAAAAUCAAAUUCCAGUGGUACCAAAUCUCCCGCCACAACCUCCUUCUUCUUCUUCACUUCCAAAUAACAACAAUUACAGUAGUAAUUUCAACCCAAAGAAGAGAACUUUAGACUAUGAUUAUCUUUUUCAGAGCUCUCCUUACUUCAAGAUGCGUAUUAUUCUUAAAGAUCUUCGUCCACUUUUUCUUGAGGUUCUCCGUGCCCCUGAUCUUCAGAAGUGUGAAGCAUCCCGCAGUAUUCUAGAGAAAAUGAAGCUUAUGGUGGAUUUAUGUAGACAGCAGACAACUGAAAAUGUACCUCUAGCUAAAAGUUACAGCAGAGCAGGAAGUGCAGAUUUGGCUAGCGAGAGACAGGGUGGCAAUCAGAAGCCUGCAGAUCAGCCACCUCAAGAAAAGCGCUUCCCAGUUGGAAAUAGUCUCGAAAAGCCAAUGCAUGGCAGUAACCGAAUCCCUGGAACAUACAUUGUUGGUGGUUCCGCAUUUGGCUGGAAUUUUAUCACAUUUCAUGGAACUAAACCAGAGUAUUAUGGCAGAACUAAGGAGACAUUUCGAGCUGGUAAAUGAGUUGUAUUCUCAACUGUUGGAAGGAAAUUCUUUUUUAGCAAGCCAGCAUAUGUAUCUUGAACAGUUAUUUUUAGCCCUUUCACUUCAUUUUUGGUGGGGCAAAUUUUCGAAAGCUCCCUCCCCUACUUGUCUUUUUUCUUGGAUGAAUAUCAGUCUCGUUGCUGCCCCCAUCUCUUGUAAAUUGGGUUGGUCUACUUUUGAAGUGAGACUUCCACUGGUAAUCAAAGGAUGCUGCAUCCAAUUCA